AUGGCGGCCUUCUCUGAGAUGGGUGUUAUGCCUGAGAUCGCACAAGCUGUGGAAGAGAUGGAUUGGCUUCUCCCAACUGAUAUCCAGGCUGAAUCUAUCCCAUUGAUUCUUGGAGGAGGUGAUGUACUUAUGGCUGCAGAAACAGGAAGUGGAAAAACUGGUGCUUUCAGUAUUCCAGUUAUUCAGAUAGUUUAUGAAACUCUGAAAGAUCAGCAGGAAGGCAAGAAAGGAAAAACAACAAUUAAAACUGGUGCUUCAGUUCUCAACAAAUGGCAAAUGAACCCAUAUGAUAGAGGAUCUGCUUUUGCAAUUGGGUCUGAUGGUCUUUGUUGUCAGAGCAGAGAAGUGAAGGAAUGGCAUGGGUGUAGAGCUACUAAAGGAUUAAUGAAAGGGAAACACUACUAUGAAGUAUCUUGUCAUGACCAAGGAUUAUGCAGAGUUGGGUGGUCUACCAUGCAGGCUUCCUUAGACCUAGGUACUGACAAGUUUGGAUUUGGCUUUGGUGGAACAGGAAAGAAAUCCCAUAAUAAACAGUUCGAUAAUUAUGGAGAGGAAUUCACUAUGCAUGAUACUAUUGGAUGUUACCUCGAUAUAGAUAAAGGGCAUAUCAAGUUCUCCAAAAAUGGAAAAGACAGACAUUACACUACCAAAUCUCAGCACACAGGCAGUGCACAGGUGGCACAAGCGAAGUUCCUCCCCAAUGCUCCGAAAGCCCUCAUUGUGGAACCCUCCCGAGAGCUGGCUGAACAAACUUUGAAUAACGUCAAGCAGUUUAAGAAAUACGUUGAUAAUCCUAAAUUAAGGGAACUUCUGAUAAUUGGAGGUGUUGCAGCUCGGGAUCAGCUUUCUGUUCUGGAUAAUGGGGUAGAUAUAGUGGUCGGAACUCCAGGACGACUAGAUGAUUUGGUAUCAACUGGAAAACUGAACUUAUCUCAAGUUAGAUUCCUGGUCCUGGAUGAAGCUGAUGGGCUUCUUUCUCAAGGCUAUUCUGAUUUUAUAAACAGGAUUCACAAUCAGAUUCCUCAGAUUACCUCUGAUGGGAAAAGACUUCAGGUGAUUGUUUGCUCUGCUACUUUGCAUUCUUUUGAUGUAAAGAAACUGUCUGAGAAGAUAAUGCAUUUUCCCACUUGGGUUGAUUUAAAAGGAGAAGAUUCUGUUCCAGAUACUGUCCAUCAUGUUGUUGUCCCAGUGAAUCCCAAAACUGACAGACUCUGGGAAAGGCUUGGAAAAAGUCACAUUAGAACCGAUGAAGUACAUGCGAAAGAUAACACCAGACCUGGUGCUAACAGUCCAGAGAUGUGGUCUGAAGCUAUUAAAAUCCUGAAGGGGGAGUAUGCUGUCCGGGCAAUCAAGGAACACAAGAUGGAUCAAGCAAUUAUCUUCUGUAGAACAAAAAUUGACUGUGAUAACUUGGAACAAUAUUUUAUGCAACAAGGAGGAGGACCUGAUAAAAAAGGGCACCAGUUCUCAUGUGUUUGUCUUCACGGUGAUAGAAAGCCUCAUGAGAGAAAGCAAAACUUGGAAAGAUUUAAGAAAGGUGAUGUAAGAUUCUUGAUUUGCACUGAUGUGGCGGCUAGAGGAAUUGAUAUCCAUGGUGUUCCUUAUGUUAUAAAUGUCACCCUACCUGAUGAAAAGCAAAACUAUGUACAUCGAAUUGGCAGAGUAGGAAGAGCUGAAAGGAUGGGUCUGGCCAUUUCUCUUGUGGCAACAGAAAAAGAGAAGGUUUGGUACCAUGUAUGUAGUAGCCGUGGAAAGGGGUGUUACAACACAAGACUCAAGGAAGAUGGUGGCUGUACCAUAUGGUACAAUGAGAUGCAGUUGCUAUCUGAGAUAGAAGAACACCUGAACUGUACCAUAUCUCAGGUUGAGCCAGAUAUAAAGGUACCAGUGGAUGAAUUUGAUGGGAAAGUUACCUAUGGUCAAAAAAGGGCCAUUGGUGGUGGAAGCUAUAAAGGCCAUGUGGAUAUUUUGGCACCUACAGUUCAAGAGUUGGCUGCCCUUGAAAAGGAGGCACAGACAUCUUUCCUGCAUCUUGGCUACCUUCCUAACCAGCUGUUCAGAACCUUCUGA